AUGUUCCUCCACUGGACUUGGCUCAUUCUUGCCCUCAUGUGGACCCAAACUUCUUUCACUACUGCAGGAAAAAUCCUUGUGUAUCCAGCAGAAGGAAGUCGUUGGCUCAACAUGAACAUCAUGCUGCAUGAACUCUAUAAACGAGGUCAUGAUCUGACAGUAGUGCGUUCCUCCAUGAGUUUACAGAUUCCUGAACACGCUCCUCACUAUAAGUCACUGACCAUCAAGGUAUCUCAAGCCAUCAGUUUGGAUACACCUGAACUAACGGUGUCGCUUCUUAAGAAGACUACAGAAAGCAGGAAAAGUAAAUGGUCAGUUCUUUCCUUCAUAGCUCAAUAUCAAUGUUUAUUUGCCUUCAUAGAGCAAGGUAGCAGAGUAAGUGCAGAAAUGUUAAGAACCAUUAUGGAGGAUCAAACAUUGAUAAAAAAUCUCCAUAAUGCAAAGUUUGAUAUGAUUUUUACGGAAGCUCUUUAUGGCAGCGGCACUGUGUUGGGGUCGUACUUGGGUUUACCAAUAGUGCUUAACACUCGCUGGAUAAUGAACAGAGAAGCCCACUUUGCAGUCGCACCCUCUCCACUUUCUUACAUUCCAACAUUUGGAUCUGAGCUCAAUGACAAAAUGACCUUUACAGACCGACUGAAGAACUUGUUGCAUUAUGCUAUUGGUCAGUAUACAUAUCACAUGUUCAUGAACCCAGCUUAUCAGGAUAUUAUCAGUGAGUUUAUUGAUCCGAACACUGAUGUCUUGUCCCUUAUGCAAGGUGCAGAUCUGUGGCUCAUGCGAGUAGAUUUUGUGUUUGAGUUUCCUCGACCCACAAUGCCAAACGUGGUCUACAUCGGGGGAUUUCAGUGCAAGCCUUCUAGUCCUCUGCCUAAUGAGCUGGAGAUCUUUAUGCAGAGUUCAGGGGAACAUGGUGUAAUUGUUAUGUCUUUUGGAACUCGUCUUAAAGGUUUAGAAUAUGAUUUAUCAGAAAUCUUUGCUUCUGCCUUCGCUUUUCUACCACAGAGGGUUGUGUGGCGACAUGCAGGACCAAAACCAUCCACAGUGAGUAACAACACACUAAUUUUAGACUGGAUUCCACAAAAUGAUCUUCUUGGACAUCCAAAAACAAAACUUUUCAUAACACAUGGAGGAACCAAUAGUAUUUACGAGGCCAUCUAUCAUGGAGUCCCAAUGCUGGCAAUACCACUAAUCCUGGACCAGUUUGAGAACAUGGUACGUCUAAAAGCUAAAGGCAUAGCUAAAGUUCUGGAACUCACAGACUUGAACAUUAAUACGCUGACUGAAUCUAUCAAAAACCUUUUGGAUGAAAAGCAGCCCUACAUGGAAAACAUGCAUGAGAUUUCCUCUCGACAUCAUGACACACCAAUAAAACCAAUGGACAGCAUCAUCUUCUGGCUGGAAUUUGUCAUAAGGCAUAAAGGUGCAGCUCAUCUGCGUACAGAGUCAUAUAAGAUGCCCUGGUACACCUAUCAUAAUGUGGACAUUUUAGCCUUUAUACUUAGUGCGUUCAUGAUCAUAUCUCUGAUUUUUGCUCUAAGCUGCAAGCUUCUGCUUAAGGAGCUGCAAAGAAAGAGAAAAGUCAAACAACAAUAAGAGCCAUAACAGUCUUACCUCCCUUAACUCACCAGAUGUUUCCUGAUGUUCUGUCCUAUUAUUACUGUCACAUUUUACAGAUAUACAGAUAAAUUUGUUUAUAAUUACAUUUAUAGUAUAUAAUAUGGUAAAAACGUAGGUUUCUGUUUUUGGGCAAAGGCAGGUUUUUCAUGAAAGAACGAAUAAUGUUGAGUUAUUGAUGUAUCACCUACAACUACAUUUGAUAAUUGAAGGGAAAAUUAAUAAACCAAUUUGCAGUAUUCUGCACUUUAAUAAGUUUGACAAUGACAUUUUAUGACAUAAACCCACUUGGAAUGGAGACUUUGUCUAGUCCACCUCACUUGACAGUAUGUAUAAGCAUUAAUAAGAAAAAUAAAUCAAUAUUAUUAGUGUGCACUAUGGUGACCUACCAAGUACUCUUUUAGGGCCCUUAUUGGAUUCCUUUAUACUCAUAUAUGGACAUGUGAUCUGCAAACCUAGUGUUAGUUCUCACUACCCUAAUCACAAACAGCUCUAUGUAUCAUACAACUGUGAUUCGGCAUCACAGCUCUAUAAAAAACAAAAUUUGGGAGGAUAUAAAAGCUUAGAUAAACAGGGAUGUCCUGUACAUGUUUGCAGUGACUCCUGAAUACCAACAUUGAAUACAUAUGUGCAUAUUACAUCUGUAAUAAAAAAAAAUUACAAUA